AUGAUCGUUCAAGCUGGCAACGGCGAGGCUGACAAGUACCAUAGCAUGAACUUCAUCGGUUCGGGCGUAGUCUUCCACGUCCCAAGUUUCUUCAGCGAGCUCCGGGAGCUCGAGGAAAAGGGCCUGACUGCGGUACAUGAUCGGAUCCUUGUUUCCGACAGGGUCAAUGUCCUCUUGGACCUGCACAUGGCAGUGGAUGGUCUUGAGGAGAGGGAACUCGGAGGUUCGUCUCAUAAUCUCCGACCUGUCGUUGAGGAACAGCAGCUAAAGUCUACCCCAGACGCAGCUAUUGGAACAACAAGACGCGGCAUUGGUCCCUGCUAUCAGACCAGCAGAGCGCGAACUGGCAUCAAAUUGACUGACGUCUUCUACCCUGACCUUUUCAAGCAGAAGGUGAGGCGCUUAGCCGAUGGCUAUCAAAAGCGCUUCGGAGAACUGUUCGAAUACGACAUUAAAGCUGAGCUUGCUCGCUUUAACGAGUACAGGGAGACGCUGAAGAAGUACGUUGUGGACGGCGUGUCCUUCAUGAGAUCCGCACAGCAGAGCGACACGAAAAUUGUGAUUGAAGGCGCAAACGCACUGAUGCUAGAUGUUGAUUAUGGCUCUUACCCAUUCGUCACUUCCUCAAGUACUACGCUCGCUGGUAUUAUUGGUGGACUUACACUGAACCCAAGGAAUAUCACAGAGACAAUUGGAGUGGUCAAGGCUUAUACUACCCGUGUCGGGGCGGGGGCCUUCAAGACCGAAGAUACCGGAGAGAUUGGCACCAAGCUCCAGGAGAUUGGACGCGAAUGGCUCGACGUUUUGGAUACUUUCGAAACGAUCAAAAUCGCCAUCGCUUACAAGAUCGACGGAGAGGAACUGGACUCUUACCCCGCGGAUCUCGACAUCCUGAACCGAGCUGAGGUGGUUUACCACGAGAUGCCAGGCUGGCAAAGGCCGACUACUAACGCGAGGACCUACUACGAUCUCCCCAAGGCGGCCCGCGAUUACGUUGAGGUGAGCAUACUCACCUGGGCUAGCAUAACGAACAGUUGCGCUGACCACCAGCAGUACAUCGAGAAGUUUGUCGGAGUCAAGAUCAAGUACAUCGGCACUGGUCCUGACCGUGAGGCCAUGAUCCAGCGCCCCUGA